AUGAGGUCUUCAAAUUCAAUAAUAUUAACAGUCCUGCUGUUAUUCGCGGCGCUAGUUAGAGCUGCCGAAUAUGCCCUCCAUAAUACCGACGACGACCGACAGCGAUGUUCGGGAAUGUACGGACCUGGUGCUUGGGGUGGGAAGGUGGCGCCGUAUAUCCUAGUCAAGUUCGUUGGAGAUAAACCGGAAACACCAGAAGAAGAGAAGGAUUUCGAGGACUGGGCAGUUAGUCUUUUAAUAUUUGAAUAUAAGGAUGAGCACCUGAUCGGUGUGGAAGGCCGCGAUGAGAAAGGAGAAGUAACUCCUAUUGUAACCUGCUCCGAUGAAGCUAUCAAAAACAAAUACUGCAAGCAAUCCCAGCUCGGCCAAUUCAUUCUCGACCCUAAAGCCAACAAGACCGCCCAGACCCAGAUGCUCACCACCACUGUUAAGCUCAAGGGUGGCCAGCCGAUAAAGUACGAUAUCAAAAAGACCGGGUUCUACUGUGUAGCUACUUGGGGUUAUGCUGCGAGACAUUACACUGGAGUCGUGGAAUUUAGGAAUGCCUACGGAGAGUUGCCAGCAUCGCAGAUCCCCAAACUACCAUUCUACGGAGGGAUUACUAUUAUCUAUGCGCUGAUUGGAGUAUUUUGGGGAUUUUUGUACGUGCAGCAUAGGAGGGAUAUCUUGCCGGUUCAAAACUACAUUACGGCGAUCAUCAUCUUCCUGAUAAUCGAGAUGUUGAUGACCUGGGGAUUCUAUGAUUACAUGAACAUUCACGGCUCUAACAUUGUCUCAAAGGUGUUCAUGGUCAUCGUGGCGGUCCUCAAUGCUGGAAGAAACUCCUUUUCUUUCUUCUUGCUGUUGAUUGUGUGCAUGGGGUAUGGUGUCGUCAAGCCAUCACUCGGCAGCCUCAUGUGGUACUGCAGAGCCCUUGCUCUAGCUCACUUCAUCUUUGGUGUCAUCUACUCCGUCGCCUCCCUUGCCAUUGUCAGCCCCGAAACCGCCGGCCCUCUCGUCCUCUUCGUCAUCCUCCCCCUCGCAGCUACUCUUACCGCCUUCUACGUCUGGACCCUCAAUUCCCUCAACUUGACGAUGAAAGAACUUCUCGACCGCAAGCAAAACGUCAAAGCCCUGAUGUACCGCCGCCUCUGGUGGGUUCUUCUCGGCAGCAUCAUUGUCAUCUUUGGAUUCUUCUUCAUCAAUUCGUUGACGUUCGCUGGCACCGGAUCCCCAGACUUUGUUCCGACUCACUGGCAAACACGUUGGUUCGUGCUUGAUGGAUGGUUAAAUUUGGUUUAUCUUGUUGAUUUGGCUGUUAUUGCGUUCUUGUGGAGGCCGACAUUGAAUAACAGACGCUUUGCAAUGUCUGAUGAGAUUGCCCAAGACGACGACGGAUUUGAGAUUGCAUCCCUUGCAGGAUCCGACGAGGAGGAACAUAUUGGCAAUGAACCACCACCGCAUACUCACCAGCCGUUGCCAAGGGACUCCUUCGACCAACCUAGACAUUCCGGAGAAGGGGAGGCGAUCUUCUCGGUAGGGGAUGAUUUGGAUAAGUGGUCGGAUGACGAGUCGAGGAGUUCCGAAGACGGAGAAAGCAAGAAGCUCGCCAAGGGUAAAGGUAAAGAUAAAUGA